AGGGCAAGCGCAACUACAUGUAGUUGGAACUGAGCUGAAGAUAGCGGUUUGUUUUUGGUGAAGAUUUGUUUAUAUGCCAUUUUGACAAGAGUUACGACAAACUUUUGUACAUACCAUAAUUAUCCUUUUUCAUAUUAGAAGGAUACACAAGAAUAAUAUUUCAUAUAUGUAUACAUCAUAUUGGUAAUAAUAUCUUUAUGUGAGAAGUGAGAUUGUUUAUUAAUAGAGUCAAUGGCGACAAUAGUCAAAUAUGACUAAUCGCCACUCAAACCAACAUAAGAAGAAGAAGAAGUUGUGGCGUGCGUGCGCGCGUGCGCCUGUAAUCCAAGCUAUGUGGGGAAGUUACAAAUUGAUGCAGAGGUUCGAGGUACGAGCCCUGGUCACGUCUUUCGGAUGGUGACGUAAAAGGUCGGUCCCAGACGUAAAUAAUCAUAUCUGAUUGAUAUAACACGUCUGACAAAACUCAAAUACACACACGCAACAUCUGUGUCUGUGUCUGUGGACGAAAAUCCGCCUAAUGAACUCCCGUGAACUGAAGAUUAUUUCGACAUUUUGACCUAUUUUGACUCCAGAACAGUGAAAUAUCCUGACCUCCACACAUAGGAUAAAAAUGUCAAAAUUUGCAAACUUUCUACGCAAGCCUCGCAACUUUGCUGCUGUUGCGGUGGCCAGUGCAGGAGUUGCCUUCACCUUUAAAGCAGCUCCACACCUCUUCCCAAACCACAUCUACAGACCGCUCUUUGAAGCAUACAAAACAGGAAAGCCUUAUAAAGUGACACCCGAGCAACAGCAAGAGUUUCAGCAAGCAUGCGAUGACCUGAAUGUUGAUUCUUCUAAGUUCAGCACUUUUGUCACAAGCCGAUGGGAGGUGAAGUCGGUUGGACUACCAUGGUUUCCAGCUGGGUGCCAUACAGGAAUCCCAGCCUCAAUGGUUGCUGAGCCUGAACUGAACAACCUGAGAUUCUCUGGACCUCUCAAAGCUAACCUUGAUUCCAGAGAGGGAAUGUGGCUGAAGGAUUCUAUGAAACUGAGCCCCGCCGCUCGUAGGUUUGCAAUGGCUCGACAGAUAGCUCUAAACGACAGCAACCUCACCUUUUACCCCAUCGUCCUAGCACCUAUCACAACACUGACUGGUUUCGCUACAACCUUCGUAGUGCAUGCCGUUGCUCCCGUUGCGCCAAUCUUCGUUACCGGUCUGGGUAUAGGAACCUGUUUCUACUUUGCGUACAGUUUUGUUUUGGGGUCAGUCAACGAAAGGAUUGACCUGAAGGUCAACCAAAGACUAGCUGCCAUCAGUGAUGAGUACAAAAUGGGUGGACUAGAAUUUUACGAAAAACUCUUGCAGAAGAACAGGGCGCUGCGUUCACUUCUUGGCAAAAGAGGGGAGCAGCUUUACACUUAUUAUGGCAACGAGACGCCGGGAUUGGUCUACUCGACGGGAGCAACAAACAUUCAGAAGAGGGAUGUAUUAAAGGAGAUGGUGGAAGCUGCAGAAAAGGAAAGAAGAGCGAAGGAAAUGGUUGAAAGCACUUCGUGAUAAUCAUUUUUAUGAGUAAAAGACAAUACUUUAAUUGAUAUUUCAAGUAUCAACACGGCAUGGCAAUUAUUUUCUUUUUUAUCCCAUGGUUAACAAAUAUAACACAAUUAUGAGAUGUACCGGUAAUCUUAAUGAGAUGUGAACAUUACAAGUAUCUGUUCUCGUGAUACUUUGUUAUCAUAUAUGACAAAAAAAUGUUACUUAAGCUCCGGGCAUAUUAAGACAUAAGCUUGUAAAAAACACACCUAUAAAAAACGGCAAUAGCGGAUCAGGGCCCUGUCUUACAAAGAGUUACGAUUGAUCCGAUCAACCACAACUAUGAAAAGCCAGCAACGUCAACAUCUAAAAUGAAAGUUUGUUCAGAAUAUUUUCUAGAUAUCAUACAUAUUCAUCAUUCUCUUGAAGAUUCAGUGUGAUUCUCUUUGUUUACGAAGGAUACGAAGGAGAUUGUGCCAAUUUCCUGUAGAAGAAAAUAUGGUAUGGAUGGAUUUCCACACAGUUGCGAUUGUUGGAUCAAUUGUAAGUCUUUGUAAGACGGGGCCCUGAUAUAUUUGACAGCCAGUUGAUUGCUUGUGCCAUGUAUUUGUUUGUUUCAUAUCAUUAAUUGUCAAGUCUAUCUCAACAAUUUGAUUGGAAAAAAGAGAGAAAUCAAACAGGCAUAGCACUGAAAAUGUCAUCAAAUAAAUUAGGUUGUUAAUAAGAUUUAUACCAGUUUGGUUUUGCUUAUUUACACAAAAAGCAGUUAUUUGCACAUCCAGGUUAGUAUGAGUGGAUGGUAUUAAACAUUUCGUUUGUAUUUAAUGAUAAGAAAUAUUAACAAUUUAAAUUGUUAUGAAUUUGAUGACUGAAAGCAUCUCCAUCAAAUCACAAAUUAUAAUAUUAAGGAAUCAAACCGUGUUCUAUAUUAUUUGAUGAAAAAUUAGAAUAUUUGAUAUUUCAUGUUAUACUGAGAUAAAAAGACAAAAGAAAUCAUGAAAAUGUGAUAACAGCAGUAGGCCUAUUCUAAUUUUAAAUUACGUGUGGUGUACCGUACAUAUUUAUGCAAAUGAGUGAAACUUCGAGGCCUGUAUUCUCAAAAUGGCUUUCAAUCAUAACAUGGCUUCAUGGUACAAAACCAUUGUUUAAACAGAUUUGUGUACAUGCUUACGCUUAUUUCAUCGCAUACACUAAGAAAAGUCCUAUUAUAAAUGCACGCUUUCAGAAAAGGGCGCCUAAAUGAAAUAUACAGAAAUUCUGGUUUUGUAUCAUGGUACAAUUAAAGCCUCUUGCCUGAGAAUACAGGCCUAAAUAUCAUUGACUUAUUACCUAAUGUAAAAUUUUGGUUUUCUCUCCUUUUUUCUUAAUGUAACUUUUAUUUUGGGCAGACUUGCAAAAAAUUUAGCAAGAAAUUUAUCCACACUGUGCUGCACUCAACCCAGGUGAGGUAAAUGGGUACCGGUAGGAAAUAAUUCCUCAAAAAGCUGUGUGCACCUGAAUCGGUAGCCUAGCUUAGCCGGGUAAUAACAAUAGCAGGGCCCGCUGGGAGAACAGUUUUCGGAAUGGAAGUGGCUAGCCUGGGUAAAUAUACCGUUAUUAUAAUUAUUAUUAUUAUUACUUGACCUUUAGUAUAGUGGUUUGUAUUGUUAACUAACAAAGGUUCAUGUGUAUUCAAGUUUGUCUCCCAUACUUACUACAAAAUUGCAACUCAGGCUUUCAUGAACAAAAUUAAAUUUGAUGGUGCCUGUACCUGUAGGUGAAUGGUGAUUGAGGAAACUUUGUUCUGUUAAAGCAAUUAUUUACAGGUGGUUAAUUUUUGCAUGGCACAGAAGUAAAGAGUACCAUAGGAAAACUGUAUUAAUGUGCAAACUAAACAGAGCAUUUCAUAUGCCUUUCGUUUCAUUUAACAUGCAUUUAUGCAAAAUGUCCCAAAUUUUCCACUUGAAGGUAUCAGAGUCACAUUAAAUGUGGGCCGCUGUACUUGAUUAAUUAAGCAUAUGAAAUAUAAUUUGAAUAUUUUGAAUUCAAAUUUUGAUUUGGUAAGUUGACAAGGGAAAUAUUGAUAUUUCUAAUUUGAUCAAAGAUUGAUGUAUAUUACAUCUUUGAAAGUGGUGUUAUUUUUCUUGCAAUAUCAAGUGAUUGUGUUUUGUAUUGUCAAGCAAGUUUUGCAUAGUUUAUAAAUGGAACAAAUCCCACAACUGAACGAUUAAACCUUGAAUCAGAAA